UUCUGUAGUUGUUCAAUGAGGGGCAAUUCGAGAUGGCUACUAUGUGUUUCGAAAAGGCCGGUGAUGCAUACAGAGAGAAGUAGGCAAGAGCUUCCGGACUUGUAGCUACCGCUGACCGUGUCAUUUCAACAAAUUUGGAGUUGGGCAAGGCUUCAUUGCAAACAGCAUCAGAAAUUUACGAGUCCAUAGGCAUGCAUGAGAAAGCUGCUACUUGCUAUAUCAAAUUAGGUGACUACAGAAAAGCAGGUAUGGUCUAUAUGCAAAAGUGUGGUACUUCUAGACUUGAGGAAGCUGGUGACUGUUUUGCUAAGGCUGAAUGCUGGUCGGAGGCGGCUGAAAUGUUCUUGAAAGCUAAAUGUUACACCAAGUGUUUCUCCAUGUGCUCGAAAGGAAAACAAUUAUACAAUCUGGGCUUGCAGUUUCUGCAACAGUUAGAGGAGGAACAUUCACUUGAGAAUUCAAAAUCCUUGGAGGUUUCUGCAAUUAGAACGAAGUAUCUGGAUAAUUGCGCUCAACAUUAUUUUGAGCGUGCUGACAUAAAGCAUAUGAUGCCCUUUGUUAAAGCAUUCAGCUCUAUGGAUCACGUACGGACGUUCCUAAAUUCUAGAAAUCUUGUUGAUGAACUGUUGAGUUUAGAGAUGGAAAUGGGUAAUUUCCUAGAAGCUGCAGGAAUAGCAAAGCAUAAGGGAGAUGUAUUACUGGAGGUAGACAUCCUCGAGAAGGCAGAUUUGUUUGAGGAUGCAACACGCCUUCUACUCCUCCAUAUCAUUGUGGAAUCCUUGUGGUCUUCAAAUAGUAGAGGGUGGCCUCCCAAAAGUUAUGCAGAGAAGGCAAAGUUGCUUGCAAAAGCCAAAGAGAUGGCAAAAAAGGUCUCUGAGUGCUUCUACUGCUUUGUUUGCGUCGAAGCUGAUGCAUUGUCAGAUGUGAAUAAGUCUCUUUCCAGUUUGAAUUGCACUUUGCUUGAGGGCAGAAAAUGUGCAAACUUACUAGUUGAACUUGUUGCUUCCCGUUCAAUCCUUGAUGUUCAUCUUCAGUCUCGAGCCUCUGGAUACAAGAUAGAAUUAGGGCCAGGAUCUGAAGAUGAAAAUAGCUGCAAUGAUAUACUGGCCUCUAACCAGAUGUCACCCUAAACUCUGUUUUAUGCCUGGAAUCACUGGAAGUCGAUCAUAAUCGAAGUACUAUCUCAUCUUUUCGCCACACUGAUGGUCCAGAAUUAAAUGAUUAUGCUUUUGUGUAUGAAGAUCUUUGCGCCAAGUACUUUGGAUCGAGAAAAGAUGGUGAAGUUGACAGAUAUGUUGUGCUGAACAUGAAUGCAAGUUGGCUUUCCAAUGCUGACAGGAAUUCAUUGCAGCAAGACGGCAACAGAUGUUUAUUGGGUGCCCCUCAGUGUCAUUCAUGUGCUCAGUGUUUCUGGAUGAAUGAACUGUCUUCUGUUGGUUUCAGUGUACUUAAGAAGUUGGAGUCGAUUGUUCAAAUUUCUCCAAAGCCGACAUCUUCAUAUACCCUGUUGAGAACUAUCCUUAUCAUGCAUGAGAUAGGAAAGCUUCUGGAAGAACCACAGUUCAGUAUGCCAAAAGGUUCCAUGAAGUUAAGAAGCUUUUUUGUUCUCUGUGAGCGUCGCUUCUUUGAGUUAGUUUUUCUUGUGUGGAGAUAUGGACAAAGGGGAGCCUCUUGCAUCUACUUGACUCACCAGCUGCAUAUGGGUUGAUUGCUGAUUCUCUUAGUGCAAAUCUUCGCCCAGCAAAUAAAAAUUUGACUCAUGGGCAUCUUGGGAGAACGACCAUGCUUCUGCUUCAUGCAGCACAAUUGGAUGAAGCGCUACUUUCAAGACUACUACAGUACCUGGGCAAUAAUUCUGAGUGGGCAGAUUUUUUCCGAUUUUUGAAGAGAUUUCUUGACAGUGGUUGUGAUAGAUCCUCCUUGAUCUUGAACUUUAAGCUUGCUCUUGAGUUUACCUUCAGUGUAAACUGGAAGGAUGAAUUAGACUACAUAUCCCCAAUAUGCUAUGUGAGCCUUAUGGAGUGCCUUGGUUUCUUGGCUUCAUCAUACUUGGUACAGAAUGAAUUUAUAUGCUGCACGAAAUCUCUGUUGGUCAAUAUGCUGGAGUGCCGUACCAGCAAGGUUUACAUUGAAAGCUGCCUGGUAUCUAAGUCGAGCCCAGAUUCUGAUCUAGAUCGUUGGACAAAGUCAUCAGGCCGUUUCAUAUAUGACACAAUUAUGACUAUCUUGACGACCAAACAUAUGCUCCAGGAAUGGGUGCACAAGACUUCAUGUCCUUCUAGUACUUCAUACACAACAGUUUUCCUGAGACUAGUUGUUACACUUUAUCCUCUGAUCAUCACUCUUUCUCUAGGGAAUUGCUAUGAGGUCACACGUAUCCUUGUGAGGAAUGAAGUCUUCAAGGAUUUACCUUUGGAGUUCUCUAAGAAGAUUGAAGAUGCUUUGAAAAUGAGGCCUCGCACACGGAGCGACUUCACAAGAGUGCUUGCUGAUGCACUUGCCACAAUCGGGGAUCAUAUGGUAUUUAUUAGUUCACCCAAAGGCCCAGCAAUCUGUCAAAAUUUGAAUGCUUAUAUGAUUAGCAAGGAGGAUUUGCAUGAUGUUCCGAAGAUAAUGGCACUUCUGUGUCUUGAAGAACCAAAUUCUGUAAAGCAAGAGACUCCAUUGCCAGAAAAAUCUGAUGGUACCAAGUUUGGAAAUCCUGUGCCUGUAGAGGUAUUAACGAUAGAGAGUUCGAGACAGACAGAUUCAUCAAAUGAUAUGUUUGAGACUCUCUGGAAGAAGUUUGAGACUUUUCGACUCGACGAGGAAGGCCAUAAAGACUCAAGGGUUGUUAUUCAAUUUCUUAGAGAUGCCCUUCCAUGGCUGGAGCAAUCAGGCGUUCUAGCAGUGAUUGAUAAACAGAUUGAUGAACACAAUCUGGAAGAGAUCAAGCACAUCUGCAGUGAGUUUGAAAAACUUUCUGACAGGACGGCGAAAAACGCCGUGGAUGAUCUAUUCUCAAAGUGGCAAGGUUCUAAGAAGGCACUGGAGCAGGUCAUCCGCCUUGUGUAUGGUACAAGGCAUGUCAUGGAUGAUUGUUUCGCGAAUCACAAAAGUAAGGAUGGCUGUUGCAAGGGAAGGGGAAAUUCCCGGGCUUCAGCAUCAUGAAGGUGCCCACAGCGAGUAUAUCGAACACUCGCCCAGAUGAUGAACGAGCUGACACGGGAGAAGCUGCCUCGACUUCAACAAAGGCGGCGCAGAAGCAGAAGGGCAAGAAGAAAUCCAAGAGGACGAAGAAGCCCGACAAGGGGCGUGGCAAGAAGUGAGCUUCUGUAGUUAGUUUCCUGCCUGCAAGAAAAUACUCCCUCCGUUCCAAAUUACUUGACCCAUAUUUAUCUAGACACGGAUGUAUCUGGACACUAAACAAGUAUCGAUACAUCCGUAUUUAGACAAAUUCAAGUCAACUAAUUUGGAACGGAGGGAGUACGUAUUUGUGUGCAUUGGAGAAGCUUGUAUCGUAAAACCGUUGCUAGAGACGGCAGAAUGUAACUUUGAAACCGGCACAAGACAGAUGUCUGUGAAGUUGCAGCCAGGG